AGAGCAAGAAUCUUCGUCCCGAUACUAGACGUGCGCGCGGUUGUUAACAAACACGAUACCUUGCCCUGCGCAUCGCCCAAAGCUGUCGCCUAUGUUAGCUCUCUUAAUCACCGCUGACCUCAAAAUCUCAGUGUGAAAAUGUUUCGUUACUCGGUAUUUGUCUUACUUCUGGGACUGAGUUCCAUGCGGCUAAGCACUGCAAAACCAGAAGUACAGUGCUAUGGCGCAUCGGUACAGAUGGAAAGCGAUACUCCUCUUGAGAAAUCCCUCUCUAUCGAAGAGUUGAUCACCAGAAUUCUGAAACAUAAAGAAGACUGCCAAAUGUGCAAAUUUUGUCAAGAACCCAACGUUUGUACCGGUGCGAACUUUUAUGUGGAACUCAACACCGAAGCUGAAUAUUAUGCUUACAUAGGAUACUCUGAAGGAAGAAGGGAAUUCGUCGUCCGAGUUGAAGACGAAAAUGACGACGCAGUACUCGACUUUCAAAAGACAGAAGUUUCGGAAUCCGAUCUGACCGCCGUUGUUCCGUACCGGUCCAGCUUUUUCAAGAUGGAUGGGAAAGACUGCGUGGUAACAAUUGACGGCAUGUUUCCAAACGGAGAGCGCCGCCAAUUGAUGGUCGUCAAUUUGUGCACUGUCUGCUUGUAGGAACACAAGUACGUGUACUGAAAUUGGAUCUAGAGUGGCGUCAUUGAAGACACUCGAUUGUAGUUCACUGAGAUCUAGAGUGAACGAUGUCUGUAAAAAAUCAUAUUUAUUAUUGUUGUCUUUGGUUAAAAGAAACUGAUAGUUUAGCAGCACUUAUGCAGUGUUGUAAAAAGAUUAACCUUUUUGAAAUUCUCGUUGAAUCGAACAAGCGGUGAAAAUAAUUAUGCAUAAAGGUACAGAAGUGAACCAGUCAAACAUGAUGGUGUUCGGCAUGUGUUCAGCAUAUAGUCAUGCCUCUUGUGUGUGUUUUUUUUUCAAUUGAUAUUAUUUCUAUUGAAUCGUGUGGUUAUUAACGUUGAAGAGUGUUGGCUUUUAAAUUAUUGU